AUGUUCAGGCAUCUACCUAAUUCCAGGCUGCUCCCCAUCGGAAAACAUGGGGCUUUCAACUCAGACGACAUCGUGAACAAUUAUUUCUUUGAUUCCAUAAACCUUAAUGGCAUACUUUCUGUAUUUAAGCCUUCCCUCCGAAUUACAAAUCCAUUUGUUUACAAUUUACAUACCAAAUUAUGGUCGGCAUACUGCAAGUCUCAUCCAAUUUCUUUCGGAAGCGAGGGUGCGCAGCGGAACGCUUCAAAACGGCAUAUUCUUUCUGUUUUGGGCAAAAUUGGACACGGUGGAACCUUGGAUCCAAUGGCACAGGGUAUAGUCGUCGUUGGGCUGGGCUCCGGUACUAAAAAGCUAGGAACUCUAUUGCAAGGCCCCAAGGUACAGAUGUUUGAAAUGUUAACGUCAAUAGUCCUAUACGGCAAUCAUGAAAUUGGGCGAAGGCUUCAGGAUGUGGUUAGGAAAUUUAUUGGCCACAAUAUCCUCCAAGUCCCGCCAAAGUACUCACUUUUCAUCUCUUAUCGUCCCAGGUUUUCAGCAUUGAGAGUUAAUGGAACGAGGGCAUGCGACUUGAUGAGGAGGGGAAUUGAGAUUCCCGACUUGGAUGCCAGGCCCGUUACCAUUAAUAGUAUUUCGAUUGUCAAUGUUGACCCUCCUUUUAUUACACUAUCUGUUGACUGCAUGGGGGGCACAUAUAUUCGAUCGCUAGUGCGAGAUAUUUCGGCAGAGCUCGGCACGUUUGGCAUGCUCACUUUUCUUGAAAGAACCAGAAUUGGGCCCUUUCACAUCCAGGAUUCCAUUAGGGAUCUUUCUAUCUUCGAGCAUGAUUUGGAAGCGGUAAGGAAAAUUUCGGAGCAAGGAGCACUCCUGCUCGAUGAGUAUAUUUAUUCAAGACAGCACACAAAUGUAACUAUAUAA